AACGGAGUAUAUCAUCCAGUGCAGAUAGUUUUUGGGCGAGUGAAUCGUAAAAAAUAUCGACACUCCAGGCUAGAUUUACAGGAACCAUAUAUUUACGGAAUUGUGCCAAAAAGCACUACUCCUUCUGUUCAUUUCUGUAAGACGUUUACUGUUUUUUGUCUUAAAUGCCUAAAAUGUCUUACAAAAGUGAACGGAGGGAGUAAUUUUUUUCAUAAUUUUUUUACAAAAAACACUAGUCACUGGCUUAGACCGUUUUGAGCAUGAUUAUGACAGGUGGGUCCUGCCAGAAGGGAUGACGUGGCACAACAUAACGGUUCGCAAAUAGACAGAAUAACAGGGACUGAUUUGGAAAAGAGCCUGAGAGGAUAAGGUCAUCUCCUCAGCUGUGCGCACGAGCUCCCGGCCGGCGAGCUCGGCAUGGACGACGGCUCCGCGACGCCCCGCCUCCUUCUCCUUCUCCUCCUCUAUUCCCCCGCCCCCACCUUCCUCCCACUCCCCGGCCUCGGCCUCCCCUUGUUGCUCACAUGCAUCGGCUCCGGCGAGGAGAAGAGGAUGCGCGACGGCGGCCCGCGUAGGCGUGAAGAGGAGGCGCGACAACGACGGCCAUGGAUGAGCUCCGGCCGGAGCUGUGCAUCAGCGGGGCAAAUCCACUAACGGUGGGCAUGGAGGUGCGGUCCAUGUCCCUCGACCGUGAGCUCCUCUGCCGGCGGUGCCCUCCCCUAUCUCUCCCAUCUCUCUCUCUGAGGUCGGUGCCUUCCCCAAUCUCUCCCAUCUCUCUCUGAUGCGUGCCUGAUGCUCAAGCCGACGGCGCCGGAGCUCAAUCAUGGCUGCUCGAUGCCCAAGCUGGAUCAGCCGGAGCUCAUCCAUGGCCGCUGAUGCUCAAGCCGCCGCUGGAGCUCCGUUGCCUCGCCGUCCUAACCGACACCGCCGCUGGAUCCACGCCCUCUUGCCCGUCCCAGACAACGCCGGACCUCCCCUGUGCCCCGCCGCCGGCGUCCACCACCGGGGCGGUGAGAGAUGAAGGUCACGAUCUCACGGAGAGGACCCGAUUGCUUUUUUUUUCUCAGGGUCCUUUUGCAAAAAAAAUUUGUAACGGGAUGUAAUUGACUUUUUUUGCCACGUCACCCCUUCUGGUGGGACCCACCUAAUAAUCGUGCUCAAAACGGCCUAAGCCAGCUACUAGUGUUUUUUUGCAAAAGAAUUAUAAAAAAUUAGUGUUUUUUGGCACAAUUCCGUAAAUUUGUGGCUCCUGCAAACCUAGCCUGAAGUGUUAUGUUUUUUGCAAUUCACUCGUUUUUGGGCCCCCGCUUUCAGUGCCAAAACUUUGCAAAAAUUCAGGGGAAAUCCUUCCUUUUGCCCGACUGAUUUUCUACCCGAAAUCAACCGCCUCAAAGGAUCGCCACGUGUCCCCGUGUGGGCGCAGGAAUUGCUCAACCUCCUCUGCCUUAUCUCAUGCAGCGAAGCCCCUCCACUCGUUCUUCUUCCACCCACACGCGUUGACUACAUCCUUUUGGACGUCGCCGGCAUGUCUUCACACGCUCCUCCGCCACUACUCCCUCGCUCAAGCUGACUUGCGCUGCAUGGACUACAACGAGAGCACCGCUGCUACAAAACCACGCUGCAGUGCUUUGAGUGGAGGAAAAACAUUUUUACGAGCGCCUCGACACCACUGCGAGCUGACGUUCGCCGGUGCUCGCGGGGGGUGACGGCAGGUGGUGAGAUGUCGCGGCGGACGCUGCUGCGAACGAACGGGACUGCAACCAGGGGCUCUCCGGUGCUACCAUGGAGCAUCCUCCGGCCGCCGUUUGCUGUGACGGAGCAUCCUCAGAACGCCAGAGCUUCACGGUGCUGUGAUGGAGCAUUUGUCGUGAGACCUUUUACGUAUUUUUCAGACUGAAGGAUAAAUUUGGCAUGUUCAAUUCCGCUGGGGGACAUGGCAACCGGCGCCGCUGCUCCCGUACGUCGUUUCCCGGAGAGAUGUGCACUGGUACUGGCUAGUACGUAGCAGAUCAACUGAGCAGCUAGCUUCGUACGUGAGUUCAUCAAGGAUUCCUGGAGAUCAAUUUGUAUGUUUGUCUGUAUCUCGACUAUUCCACCUGCCAGGUUGCUUUGGGAGAUCAGCUUGUACGUUUGUGUGUGUCUCUCGAUCAAAAGCAUCGGCAAAUCAAGUCGUACAAGUAUAUGCCGGAAGGUAUUUCGUGUAUGGGGUUGUGCUAACAGAGAUUGAUGCACCAGGAGGGCUGAGCGAGACGCGAGCAGUCGAGCACGCCAUGGUUAAUCUCGCAGGGCUCCUCGAGGCGACAUGCCAUCUUGCCGUCGUGUUGGUGCUCCUUGUAUCAUGGGAGGUUGGUAGAGGGAGGCAGCUGCCUGAUGGAGGCGGGCAGGCCGCGUCAGGAUUUCGGCGAGGUCGCUCCAGUGCGUGGCGUUGUGAAACGACCAAGGGAAAUUACAUAUCUGUCCUUCAGUUAAAAUUAAAACUGCAGCAUAAUAACCGUUGGAUCGACUUAAUACUACCCAUUAAUUUCGGUAGUAUGAUGUACCGUAAAAAAUCUCAUCGUCGGGGGCCGCCGGAACAUCGCCGUUGCAGGGAUGGAGCUUUGCAGAGCAUCACCGGAGCAUCAUCGAGGCCGCCGGAACACCAUCAUUGCUGCAAUGAAGCAUCUCCGAGCAGUCAGAGCAUCGUCGCUGCUACAACAAAGCAUCACCGAUGUUGUUUUGGGGCAUUGCCGGGCUGUCAGAGCAUCACCGAUGCUGCAUCGAAGCAUCAGCGGUGUUGUGUUGGAGCAUUGCCGGGCCGUCGAAGUAUCGUCGGUGUUGCAACGAAGCAGCACCGGUGUUGUGUUCGAGCAUUGCCUGGUCGUCGGAGCAUCGCCGGUGCUGCAACAAAGCAUCACCGUUGUUGUGUUGGAGCAUUGCCGGGCCGCCGGAGCAUCGCAGGUUCUGCAACGAAGCAUCACCGGUGUUGUGUUGGAGCAUUGCUGGGCCGACGGAGCAUCGCUGGUGCUGCAACGAAGCAUCACCGGUGUUAUGUUGGAGCAUUGCCGAGCCGCCGGAGCAUCGCCGGUGCUGCAACGAAGCAUCACCGGUGUUGUGUUCCAGCAUUGCCGGCCGCCGGAGCAUCGCCGGUACUGCAACGAAGCAUCAUCGGUGUUGUGUUGGAGCAUUGUCGGGCUGCCGGAACAUCGCCGGUGCUUCAAUGGAUGGUUGCAGCAGCGUCGUUGUCGCAACGUGGCGCUGCACCUGUGGCCGUGCAUGGCGACCUCGUGGGCGGUUUCCCGUGAGAUGACCUGUGAGUCUGUGACGGGGCUGCCGCAACCUGGAGAAACGAGGAUGCUGUGCAGAUAGCCGAUAGCUAGCUGGUCUAGAGAUCAAACGGCCCAAGUCAAACCAAAUCAACGGCUGACAAGGCGGUUUAUAAAUCCCUAACAUCAGCCGGUUUACUAGCUACUAGGAGCAUGCCAA